AUGGAUCUGAAGGGAGGCGAAAGAAGUUACGAGGGGGCUAAGGCAGGGUUGAUGGAGCCAAAACGGUGGUCGGCGACCCUUCAAUGCGUACGGCAGUCCUACCUGAGAAAUGCUGCGAGUUCGCAGCAGCCGGGAAAUUACGGAAGCACCAUCGGGAAAUUCUGUCAACAUUACGAGAGCAGCAGUCUCGGGCGACGAAAAGAGAGACAGGGAAAUUCUGUCAACGGGACUCCUCCUCCAACGGGCGGCGAAGAGAGAGACGGGGAAAUGGAGAGAAACAGUAGGUUUCUACUUCAAAAUUUCAAUCCGCGGCGGAGAGUGAAGAGACGACCGCCGACGCCCGACGCCGUCCGCCGAAGUCCGGCCCUCUGUCAGCUGACCCGGCCUUUUACUGUUUUACAGCAUCAUACGAAAAAAAUUGGUAAAAUUAAGGAAAAAUGCCUUCUUUGCAGACAGCCUUGCCUCCUGAACUCGCAAACAAUGCUAUUCGACUUUAUCGCGAAUGCCUGCGGCGUGCUAAAUAUAUUGGCCAGAAGCAAUACAAUACAGAACUUCUUGUUGAUAUGGUUAGACAGCAGUUCAAAAAGCAUAUGCAUGAGACUGAUCCGGAGAAAAUUCAAAAGUUCAAGGAUGAUGCAGCAAGGGGACUCAUCAAUCACAUGCUAUAUGAAUCUGAGGCAAUGUCUGGACGCAAAUUCAGCAAAAGCUCUGAAUUCUGAUCUCGGAUAUCAAUCUACUCGUAGCAGUGAGUGCAUGUUCUGA